AACAUCAAGAUGAACGUUCCUCCCUUCCAAGGGAAGAAUGACCCAGAAUUGUAUCUUGAUUGGGAGAGAAAGGUGGAGCUUAUGUUCGAUUGCCACAACUAUUCAGAGCUCAAGAAGGUGAAGUUGGCAGCCAUUGAGUUCUCAGAUUAUGCACUUGUUUGGUGGGAUCAGAUGGUGACGAGUAGAAGGAGAAACAAUGAGCCGCCUAUUCAGACUUGGCAGGAGAUGAAGGCUGUGAUGAGGAAGCGUUUUGUGCCGAAUCAUUACUACCGCGAGCUUUUCAACAAGUUGCAGACUUUGAGGCAAGGCAGUCGGAGUGUGGAUGAGUAUUAUAAGGAGAUGGAGGUUUCCAUGAUUCGAGCCAAUGUGGUGGAGGAGCGAGAGGCGACCAUGGCGAGAUUCUUGACUGGUCUGCAUUGGGAUAUUCGUGAUAAGGUGGAGUUGCAGCACUACGUUGAGUUGGAGGACAUGGUUCACAUGGCCAUCAAGAUCGAGAAUCAACUCAAGAGGAGGGGCAACAACAACAGCAACCAGCGCCAGAAUCAGGGCAAUUGGAGGCAAUCGCAACCAGUUUCUAAUGGUUCCUCGUCAAAAGGGAAUCAAUGGAAAAAGGAGGCACCGCCGAGAGAGGAGAAGAAGCCGUUCGUUAGGUCCCGACCCGAGGGAUCCGGUGCAGCAAAUCAGGGCACUCCGGCCGUUUCUGAUGGUCGAAAUCGAGAUAAGAAGUGCUUCAAGUGCCAAGGCUUCGGGCAUAUUAUGAGUGACUGCCCGAACAGGAGAAUUAUGAUCAUGAGAGAUGACGGCGAAGUCGUGACGGAUGGUGAUGAGACCGAUCCUGAUAUGACGAAAUUGGAGGAUGGAGAUGGUACCGAUGAUGAGGAGGAGUGUGAGGAGAUUUUCGCGCCCAAUGGACAGCUUUUUGUAGCUAGGAGAGCCUUGAGUGUCCAAACUCAACCCAAUGAGCGAGAGCAGCGGGAGAACCUCUUUCACACGAGAUGUCUUGUUCAAGACAAGGUAUGCAGUGUGAUCAUUGAUGGAGGGAGUUGCACGAAUGUGGCUAGUAGAGCCAUGGUUGAGAGAUUGGGGCUGACCACGGAGAAGCAUUCCAAGCCGUAUCGUUUGCAGUGGCUGAAUGAGACAGGCGUCAUCAAAGUGACGAAGCAAGUGAAGGUUCCGUUUUGCAUUGGGAAGUACGAGGAUGAGGUUGUGUGUGAUGUGAUCCCUAUGCAAGCGAGCCACAUUCUGUUGGGGCGACCGUGGCAGUUUGAUCGCCGUGUUAUUCAUGAUGGCUUCACCAACAAAUAUUCAUUUGAAUACAAGCAGAAAAAGGUGUCACUUGUUCCUCUUACUCCUAAACAAGUUUAUGAGGAUCAAGUACAAUUGCAAAAGGAGGCGGACAAGGUGAAGUCAAAGGAGCAGCCCAUGGAGAAGAAGGAGAAUGGGUUGAUUCAUAAGUCAUUUCUUGCUAGGGCUAGUGAUUUGAAGUGGUGUGUACAGGAGGAGAGGCCGAUCAUGCUGUUGCGAUAUCAGGAGAACUUGGUUAUUACUAACGAUCUCUCUUCUCUACCCCCUUCUAUUCAUUCUGUUUUGCAGGAGUUUGAUGAUGUUUUUCCCGACGAUACACCUGCCGGUUUACCACCAAUUCGAGGGAUUGAGCAUCAGAUUGACUUUGUGCCCGGCGCUACACUGCCGAACCGACCAGCUUACCGAACCAAUCCGGAGGAGACAAAGGAGUUGGAGAGGCAAAUUGGCGAGUUAUUGGCCAAAGGGCAUAAGGACUCGUCUUUGAGGAUGUGCUGUGAUUGCCGAGCCAUCAAUAACAUCACGGUAAAGUAUCGCCAUCCUAUCCCUCGUUUAGAUGAUAUGCUAGAUGAGUUGCAUGGUUCUUGUGUCUUUUCUAAGAUCGAUUUGCGUAAUGGAUACCAUCAAAUUAGGAUUAAGGAAGGUGAUGAAUGGAAAACUGCUUUUAAGACAAAACUUGGUUUGUAUGAGUGGUUAGUUAUGCCUUUUGGUUUGACUAAUGCGCCUAGUACGUUCAUGCGUCUUAUGAAUCAUGUUUUGCGUGCUUUCAUUGGUAGAUUUGUUGUUGUCUACUUUGAUGAUAUCCUCAUUUAUAGCCAGAAUCAUGAUGAGCAUGUUGAACAUUUGAGGUCUGUUAUGGAUGUGCUUCGAAAGGAAAAGUUGUUUGCUAACCUUAAGAAGUGCAUUUUUGGUACGGACAAGCUUGUGUUUCUUGGUUUUGUUGUUAGUGCACAGGGUGUACAGGUUGAUGAGGAGAAGAUACGAGCUAUCCAAGAGUGGCCAACGCCGACGAACAUUGCAGCCGUUCGAAGCUUUCAUGGACUUGCUAGCUUCUAUAGGCGAUUCGUGCCUUAUUUUAGCAGUGUUGCAGCACCUUUGACGGAAGUCAUCAAGAAACAUGUGGAGUUUAAGUGGGGCAAGGCGCAAGAGGAUGCUUUUCAGCAGUUGAAAUAUAAAUUGACCCACGCCCCGGUAUUAUCUCUUCCUAAUUUCUCCAAAUCUUUUGAGAUUGAAUGUGAUGCUUCUGGUGUUGGUAUUGGUGCAGUGUUGAUGCAAGAGAGACGACCCAUUGCGUAUUUCAGCGAGAAGCUAAACGGGGCGACAUUGAGUUAUCCCACGUAUGAUAAGGAGCUGUACGCAUUGGUGAGAGCUUUACAAACGUGGCAGCACUACUUGUGGCCCAAUGAGUUCGUCAUUCACACGGAUCACGAGUCGUUGAAACACUUGAAGGGGCAGCACAAGUUGAACAAGCGGCAUGCAAGGUGGAUGGAGUUCAUUGAGACGUUUCCCUACGUCAUCAAAUACAAGCAAGGUAAAGAGAAUGUGGUGGCUGACGCACUUUCUCGGAGGUAUGCCUUAAUUUCUACCUUAGAUGCUAAGUUGCUUGGUUUUGAGUGUAUCAAGAGUUUGUAUGAGCAUGAUGAUGAUUUUGGUGAGAUUUAUAUAGCAUGUGCGAGAGCUGCUAGUGGAGAGUAUUUUAGGCAUGAUGACUAUCUUUUUAGGAAGAAUAAGUUAUGUGUUCCUAAAUGUUCUUUACGUGAGUUGUUAUUGCUUGAGUCUCAUGGUGGGGGUUUGAUGGGACAUUUUGGCAUUGCUAAGACUUUAGCUGUUCUGCAUGAGCAUUUCUUUUGGCCUCAUAUGAAACGUGAUGUUGAGAGAAUUUGUGGUCGAUGUGUUACGUGUAAACAAGCUAAGUCUAGGGUGAGUUCCCAUGGAUUGUAUACACCAUUGCCUAUUCCUACAGCACCUUGGAUUGAUAUUUCUAUGGAUUUUGUGUUAGGUUUGCCUAGGACUAAGCGUGGUCGAGAUUCCAUCUUUGUGGUAUUUUCGCCAUUUGAGAUUGUGUAUGGAUUUAAUCCUUUGACUCCAUUGGAUUUAUCUCCUUUACCUGAGCAUGAGUAUACUAACCUUGAUGGCAAGAAAAAGGCUGAUUUUGUGAAGCAGAUUCAUGAGAAGGCAAGGCUGAAUAUUGAGAGGCGCACGAAGCAGUAUGCCGAGCAAGCCAACAAAGGACGUCGCAAAGUAGUGUUUGAGCCCGGUGAUUGGGUAUGGCUGCACAUGCGCAAGGAAAGGUUUCCAUUGCAGCGGAGAUCCAAGUUACUUCCUAGAGGCGACGGGCCAUUUCAAGUGUUGGAGCGCAUCAAUGACAAUGCCUACAAGUUG